CUUGAACUUAACGGAUUGCAAUGCUCGGAUGCAUUUUUGUAUACAAUUUGUAUUAAACAGUUAUUAAAAACCAAAAAAAAAAACAAUGGAGCGUUGUUGGAAAAGUGAAAAUAAACCGAUUUUAGCGAAGAAUGCUUUGCACUCCGGCGAAUCAAAUGAGAGGGAAACCAUUAUAUUAAGCAACUGUGAAUUAGAACAAAGUGAUAUUGAUGUGGUAACGCAAAAUUUUGCUUAUGCAACGUAUUUGGAUUUGUCAUGCAAUAAGAAAAUAGCGUCAAUUAAAUUCCUACUGACCCCUACAACGCUGUACCUUAAGGGUUGCACGAGUUUACAUGAAAUCAAAUACAGCUUCAGCACUUGUAUGUUGAAGAUUCUGAACAUAACGGGCUGUCCAAUUGACUACCAGGAACACUUCGUCAACUAUGACUUUCCGAUGCUAGAAAGUCUCACGCUCAGUUGGCAACCCAAGGUGGAUUGGCGAAAACUGCUAAGAAAACUGAAGACAUUGAAAAAUCUAACGCUGGAAAAUGUUAGCAGUCAAACUAUACAACUCACAAGCGCAAGAGAAACCACAGAAUGUUAUGAAACGCUGCUACUGGCGCUGUCCGAUUGUAAAAAUAUCAAAUCUGUCACUUUUGGUAGCCUGCUUAGUGUGCAUGAUAUUGGUCACUUGAGCAAUUUGACUGACAGAAAACUGUCAGUUCAUAUUAGACAUGAGAUCGGUCAACAUUUAAACAGAUUGUAUGACUUACAAAACUUAGACACGGUUUAUUUGGAGCACGUCAACAAUGUUACAGACGUUGAUUUGUUAAACUUGAUAAAAAGUUGCACAAACUUGUCAAAAAUAACGUUGGAUUAUUGUGAUGGCGUAACAAGGGAUUUCAUAUUCAGCGCUGCAGAGUUCUUGCGCGAACGCGAUAAAGACGAGCCACUAAAGGCGCGUCUCAACCUGGAGAUGUGCGGCUGUGCUGGCAUUACAGAAGAUAUACAAGAGCAUCCUCUAUAUGCGAAAGCUGAAUCCGCUUUGAGCUUAAUAUUAUUCUUCGAGUGCAAACAUCCAACAACUAGCUACAGAAAUGACCUGAUCAUACCCUAUCCACCGCCAAAUGUACAACUGAGCAUUUACGUACUCUUCGAAAUCUACAAGAAGCUCAUACACCAACCGGUUGCACAGCGAUUCGCCACCGUUUGUGAAGAUUUCGAAAACGCAGCCAUCGAAGAAGAGCGACACCUAAAGAUAAUCGCUUGUCGCAGAGCGAAAAUCGUACACAAUGACAUCUAUGAUUCUUACUUGGAGAUUACGUCUGAAAGGAAAGACUUUGACGCGAUACUUGAUGAUUUUCCAAAACUGAAGCGUUUAAGGCUGCUAAAUUGCUUUAUCGCUGAAGAGAAGUUUCCUAGGGAUAAGCAAUAUAAUAAUAUCAGCGAUUUGGAAAUAUUGGGUGCGAAUGCCUUUCGACUGUGGCAAAGCAUAGCGAUACUUUUUCCGAAUGUCGGAUCAGUAAACCUAAUGGAUGCUGCACUUGAGAGCCCUUUGGAGAUAACGAUGUUUAGAAUACCACGUUUUAAAGACAACACAGUCUUCCAAAAUAUCACGAGGUUCUCUGUGAUUGGCAGUAUUUUGUGUGAUGAGGAAGUGGAGUUCCUAGCUAAUCUAACACAACUGAAACAUCUUUCUAUUGUCCGAAACUCAAAAAUUACAGGCAAACAUAUCGCCGAGCUCAGCAGCAUCGAGGAGCUCCAACUGAGUUACUGUGAGAAUGUGAGCCACUACUACUUAGCAGACAUCCUGAGCUCUUUAUCACUACGGUCACUUGACUUGCGUCACAGUACAUUCAGUGAUGUAUCUAUGCACCUCACGAAUCUCAUGUGGUUGAGUUGUGAAACGCUCGUUACACUCAAAAUCGACUGGAAGCUAGAACAUACCAUUACGGCAUUACAAACGCUGCAAGCAUUAAAGGAUAUUGAAGUGCGAAAUUUCAAUACAAAUUCUUGUGCGAUUUGUAUGCGUGACGAACAAAUUCACUGCGCAUGUGCUGAAGAUAUGCAAUCACGUUUAAUACCACGCUUCUUUCGCACGCUCAUCGCGCGUACUAACAUCACAAAGCUGACACUCGAAGCUGAAAUUUUGUGCAGAAAUCUCAAUUACUUGCACCACCUGCGACACCUAACGCACCUCAGCAUUAUUGCGAAGAAAGCCUGGCUGGAUGGUUUUUGCAUACCAAUGAAUUUCUCUCAAGCCGUUGGACAGCUUGUGAACUUGGAGUAUUUGUACUUAGCGAGGUUUUUCUACUGCUAUGACGACGUAAUUUAUAUCGUCGAUAGAUGUCGCAAACUAAAUGAGGUUAGAUUAAAGCAGUGUGUUGGGUUCUCGGAUGUGGUGCCCUAUGACCUAGUUGAAGUACUGAAGCACAAGCGCAUUAAGGAUCAGCUGCCAUUCAGAUUAUAUAUGCUUAACCUGAUGGUGGACUCCAGCGAAGCGUGUAGUGAACGCUCGGGCGACAGCAAUCAGGAAGUUAACCGCUUUGAAGAUAUUGCAGAUUAUAUAAAAGUAAUUUUUCUUUAGAACCGAAGCAACAAAUACCUUCGAAAUGCAGUUAAAAGAUUAAAGAAGAAUAUUCACACUUGAUAAAUAAAAAAAUUAAUAAAUGACUGAAAACACUUUGUAAUACAAUUCAGUAUUUACUAUUUACUUCAUGUACACUGUUUUUCUGUACUCAAUAUUGAUUAGCUCCCCUAUGGGUUAAUUAGUCUAUGAAGGCAAUUAAUGGAACUCCAAGAGCCUAUCUUCAUAAGAUUUUUCAUUCCAUAUUCUUCAAAGAUUUCUCCAAGCGCCGGUUUCUUGCUGCCCUGGUUAGAUUAUAGUAAA